CGAUCCCGAGUACGACUCGACUUGCAAGACAAGUUAGUGUCAUGAUUCAUUGAUCUCCAGUGCUGAAGUGCUUGCUGCUACCACUAAAUCGACAACUGUAGCGGGGAUGUAAUUCCAGUUGACUGUAUGUAAACCUGUUAUCAUGGCAGCAAGAUCAACAUACUACCAAGCCCUGGAUGGCCCUGCAAAAGUCCGAUAUAACAAGAUUCUGCAGUGUAUUGAUGACAUUGAUCCAUACACAAUUAGUUUGCGGUCAUGGAAAGAGGAUCCACAUUCUCUUCCUCAAAUAUCGUAUCCUGACAUUGUUAAUUUUCUAGUGUAUACUCCUAGUCCAUACACUUUGGAGGACUUGAAAUGCUAUAAAGGCCUGGAUGCGUACAACCAAUUCGUAAGUGGAUGGGUUCGUGAUGUCGUUUCUACCGUCAUCAACGGCAAGCACGUUGUUACAGCAAAGGUGAUGCAUUCACAGAGACUGCGGGAGGCGGCACUCAAGCCAUGGUUAAUUGCAGAAAAGUGUGGGAAGAUCAUCGCAACCCACUGCAACUGCAUUGCUGGUCUCGGAGAGGCUUGUACUCAUGUCAGUGCUUUGAUGUUUUACAUUGACACAAAGAUGCAACGAAUUUCAGCUGACAAUUACCGAAGAGGAGGCAGACAAUGUAGAAAAGGCAACAAGAGCACAAUCAUCCAGCAAGAAAUGGUUUCGUUUUCGAUCAGGCCGCACCACUGCAUCAAUGAAUGUUUGCAGGACUAA